AUGUCAGUGCCCAAGCAUAGACUUCAAGAAGUAGCUGCUCUAUCGGCAAAAAUAUUCAAACAAAAUUUCAAUCCUACAGCUGCAAGGAAUGGUGGUAAGAUACUUGCUCAGAGAUUAAGAGGUCCCUCACUCGCGAACUACUAUGGAAAUCCGGAUUUUGUCAAGUUCAAACAUUUGAAGACUUUGUAUCCUGGAUUCACAUUUGCUGAUCAAGAAGAGGACUACAGGCUGCUCAUGAAUGAAGCUAAGAAGCGGAGAGGCAAAGGUGCCCCGGCCAAGAAGAAAGAGGCUAGCAAGGACAAGAGCAAGACGAAGAAGAGAAAGUAG